GCUGGAAAUAGCUUCAGUAAACUUUGCCUUCAUAUAGUUAGCUUAAUAGUAACUAAUAUAUUUCAAGAAACGAAAGUGAUCCAAAGUUUAAAUGACCCGAGCUACUGCUUUACACCUUGCAGGAAGUCUUGCUGUUACGGCUGGAUCACAUCGUUUAUGGUCCCAUCGUGCAUAUAAAGCUACCUGGCAGUUAAAAUUAAUUCUUAUGAUUUUUCAGACAAUUUCAUUUCAGGGCUCAAUAUAUCGAUGGUGUCGAGAUCAUCGAGUACAUCAUAAAUAUACUGACACAGAUGCUGAUCCACACAAUUCCAGACGGGGGGCAUUUUAUUCACAUAUAGGCUGGUUAAUGGUUAAACGACAUCCACAGUAUGUGGAAAAACUAAAGUUGAUUGACAUGUCUGAUUUAAAAAAUGACCCAUUACUGAAAUUUCAGAUAAGAUAUUACUUCCCAUUGUUAUUUUCAUUGUGCUUUCUUUUACCAACAAUAAUUCCUUGGUAUUUUUGGAAUGAAACCCUUCAAAAUGCAUGGUUUAUCUGUGUAUGUUUUCGUUACAUAUUUACAUUUCAAGUAACAUGCUUAGUAAAUAGUUGGGCACAUAUUUGGGGCACCCAACCAUAUGACACGCGUAGUAGUGGACGUGAAACUUUUUUUACCUCAGCAUUAACUUUUGGUGAGGGUUGGCAUAAUUUUCAUCACACAUUUCCAUGGGAUUAUAGAGCCAGCGAAUUAAGUGGUCUCCUUGUGAAUCCAACGAUGAUGUUAUUGAAACUAUUUGCUAAAAUUGGUUGGGCUUAUGAUUUGAAAAAGGUAUCAGUUGAAGUGAUUAAAAAGCGUAUUAACCGAACAGGGGAUGGUUCACAUCCAACCGCCAUUUGGAGCUGGGGUGAUUACGAGCAAUCUGAUGACAAUAAAAGUUCUGUGAAAAUUGAAUAUAAAAAACAGCGAAGGUUGCAGCAAUAAUUAAUUGUUUGUAUACCCUGUAAUUAGGAUCUUAUAAUAUA